CAGUAGAUUGUGCUCAUAGGAAAGACAUGGCGGGAAAGCUGCUUUUUAUGGCUCUUCUAUACGCCGCUUGUUUGACUGGGCUGGAAUGCAACUGCUGGAGUUGUGGAAGAAGGGCCUCAAGCAUCAGAAAGUUAUUUUCUACGAAAGAACCAAUAUGGAUAUACAGCACCACUGGGCCCACCAAAUUAAGGUGUUUAGUUGAUGUGGUGAUCACAAUGGAAAGAAUGUCGGUAAACUUCACACGAUCGUGCUACAACCGAGGCCACAAGGUAUCUAGAUCAUUGCAUGGAAUAUUCGAUCAGCACCGGAAAAAGCACAUGGAUGUGAAAACUGCAGUUCCAGAACCUCUAUUCAACUUUCAAGAGGAUCUGCUCUUUAUGAGCGAUGACAACAGCUGUGCAGUGGUUAUGACCACGACGAAUGUUUGUGGCAAAAAUCUCAGGUACGACCUCAGAAUUAGGAAUGACUUCAUCACAAAGCCGCCACUGAAGAAAUGUCUGAAAUGGUUCCACAAGUACGAGAAACAUGGAAUUGUUCUCUACGACCCGAGCUGUCAGCACAUACUUGCGCAACGUGGCACAUCACAGCCGUAUGGGCAGGAAAAAGAACGCUGCAAAGGUGGAAUUCAUUGACUCUCUCCUGUUCUCCCUGCCUCGAAACCACUCAGAUAUGCAGUUGUAAAAAAAGAGAGACAGGCGCAUUUUGGAAGCUUGAAAGGUCGUUUAUUUAUGUGCUUUGGGAGGCAAGAAAUAUAAAUAUUUGUGUACACGCCAACAAAAAUUUGUUUUUUCUAAUAAAGAUACUUUCUCUC